UACCCCAGCCCUCUCGCCGAACUAAAUAGAAAACCCCAAAAUCCCAGCCCUUCGCCUCUCUUCCAGCCGACUACAAUCUCUCAUCUCUCUCCUCUGUUCAGGCAAGCAAAGAUGGCAAAGAAAAAGGAGAGGAAAGUGAAUGUGUCUGGAAAACCAAAGCAUUCCCUUGAUGUGAAUAGAGGGAAUGGGGAUAAAGAAGGCCGAAGUGCUGCCACAGUGCGGCGCCUCAAGAUGUACAAUACAAGGCCAAAGCGUGAUCGGAAAGGGAAAAUUUUGAAGCAUGAGCUUCAGUCCAAGGAGUUGCCUUCUACACGAAUUCAACCAGAUCGCAGAUGGUUUGGGAAUACUCGAGUUGUAAAUCAGAAAGAGCUUGAAUUUUUCCGUGAGGAGCUCCAAAGCCGGAUGUCAAGUAACUACAAUGUUAUCCUGAAGGAGAAGAAACUGCCCAUGUCUCUUUUAAAUGAUCACCAGAAGCAAGCACGAGUUCAUCUGCUCGAUACAGAGCCGUUUGAGGAUGCAUUUGGACCAAAGAAAAAGAGAAUACGACCGAAGCUUAUGGCGAUGGAUUAUGAGUCUUUAGUUAAGAAAGCUGAUGGUUCUCAGGAUGCAUUUGAGCAGAAGCAUGCUGGCAGUGCGCAUGCAGAAGGAAGUGAAGGAGAUGGAUUCAGGGACCUUGUCCGCCAUACAAUGUUUGAGAAGGGUCAAAGCAAACGUAUCUGGGGUGAGCUCUACAAAGUGAUAGACUCUUCAGAUGUUGUUGUCCAGGUUUUGGAUGCAAGGGAUCCACAAGGUACAAGAUGCUAUCAUUUAGAGAAACAUUUGAAGGAGCAUUGCAAGCAUAAACACAUGAUUCUUUUGUUAAACAAGUGUGAUUUAAUUCCUGCUUGGGCUACAAAAGGAUGGCUCAGAGUGUUGUCUAAAGAAUUCCCUACUCUAGCUUUCCAUGCUAGCAUCAACAAGUCUUUUGGCAAGGGUUCUCUUCUAUCUGUUUUGAGACAAUUUGCCCGCUUAAAAAGUGAUAAGCAAGCAAUAUCUGUGGGAUUUGUGGGGUAUCCCAAUGUUGGAAAAUCAUCAGUGAUCAAUACACUGCGAACAAAGAAUGUUUGCAAGGUCGCUCCUAUUCCAGGGGAAACAAAAGUGUGGCAGUACAUUACCCUCACAAAGAGAAUCUUCUUGAUUGAUUGCCCUGGAGUUGUUUACCAAAACAGCGACUCUGAAACAGAUGUUGUACUGAAGGGUGUGGUACGUGUCACAAACUUGGAGGAUGCUUCUGAACACAUAGGAGAAGUUCUGAAACGAGUAAAGAAGGAGCACCUGGAAAGAGCAUAUAAGAUUAAAGACUGGGAUGAUGAGAAUGACUUUCUUGUUCAGCUAUGCAAAUUAACGGGCAAACUUUUAAAGGGUGGUGAGCCUGACUUGAUGACUGUGGCAAAGAUGGUCCUCCAUGACUGGCAGAGAGGUAGAAUUCCCUUCUUCGUUCCCCCUCCAAGGCAGCAGGAAGGUGACUCAUCAGAUGAACCCAGUACUUCGGGCGUGGAGAAAGAUACAGCAGUUGAUGAUAAUCAGGCAUCAGCUGCUAUAAGAGCCAUUGCAAAUGUUAUUUCAUCCCAGCAGACUAUGAAUGUCCCUGUUCAAAAGGAUCUUUUCAGUGAGAGAGAGUUGGAAGGUGACAACCCUGAGCUGCCUCAAGUCCUUGACUCAUAAGUUUUUUUUCACACAGAAAAGGAAGUGCAUUGAUAAUGAAUGGUUUACCAGUCCCCAAGUUUUGUAGCUCAAGAAUCCAGAUUCUCUAGAGAAGUUUUUGUUAUAUUCUGUUUGAUUUUGUAGACUGAAUAGCAGUGUUGUAGCGGUAAGAUCAUUUGUUUCCUUGCUUUAUACCAUCAGCUAGUUUGCAGCGAGUCUGGACUAUGGAAAGCUGUUAACAUCAAAAACCGACAUGAGUCUUUUAAUAUCACAUAUUUCACAAUCCA